AUGACCGGACGAGGAAAAGGUAAAGCCCAGGGCACCAAGUCAAAGACUCGUUCUUCCAGGGCAGGUCUACAGUUUCCUGUUGGUCGCAUCCAUCGCCUUCUUCGUAAAGGCAACUACGCUGAACGCGUCGGAGCCGGUGCUCCCGUGUACUUGGCUGCCGUACUUGAGUAUCUGAGUGCUGAGAUCCUCGAGUUAGCAGGAAACGCAGCACGCGACAACAAGAAGUCAAGAAUCAUUCCUCGUCACCUCCAGUUGGCUGUGCGAAAUGACGAAGAAUUAAACAAACUCCUUGCCGGUGUCACCAUCGCUCAAGGCGGUGUUCUUCCCAACAUUCAGGCAGUAUUACUACCUAAAAAGACAGAGAAGAAACAACACUAAGCGACGGCAACAACCAUAAAUACAAACGGCUCUUUUUAGGAGCCACCAAGUCUAGAAUAAAGUCAUGACCAAUCACGAUAUAAAUUUGUAAUCUACCCCCAAAUAGUAUUCGCCGUCUAAGUUUGGGGUUAAUAACUCGAUCGAUACUUAGCCACAAAUAAUUAUGUCUCGCGGAAACUCGCUAUUUCUAUUUGUUUUUUUUGAUGGUUCCAUGUUGCUAGUUUUGUUCAUAAAUGCGUAUACCAAAGCAUAUUUAGCGCUAUUUCGGCUAUCGCAUGUAAGAAACAAACAACAGCAACCACAGCAUUGCUUGAAAACUGAAACCAGUCUUAGGUCAGUUUAGCUCGGUGUAACAUGAAUUUAAAGACUGAUGUGAUUAUAUCAUGAAAGUUGAAAUUGCGUUUGCUUUCUAUGCAGGUUUCAUUCGCGCUGUUUCCAACAGGUUUUUAUACGAACUUCGAGGUACAUACCAAGCGACAAUCGAACAACUUUCUGCUCUUUUUAAACGAGUACACAAUUAAUCGCAUUCCUACCAACCGGGAACAAACAUUGCUGCUACUACUGAGCUUGAAAUGUUGUUUUCUUUGCCUAAAAAUUACAAGAGAUCGUCGUGAUUUCCUUCGGUACACAAGCUGUUUACGUAAAAUAAACUAACACAGUUAUAAACCGUCGUCGGUAACGACACAAACCAGCUUGCUCUCUUAAUUCUGCCACAACAACAACGUACAACAACAGUUUAUUCACUAACUAAUUAAAGACAAAAGCUUUACAGUAUUGUAUGCCCCGCAAAGAGCUAUGAGGCUAAUCUAGACGGGAAAAAAAAUAAUUUCCCUGUAUAAGUAACGACUGCGCUGCUGUAAAGUCACUAAAAAGAAGAAAAAACUGGCGUGGACGCACCCAGUAAAUAAAGCGCUGAAUCGAUUUCAGGUGUAUGUUGACUUGUUGAUAUGUAUAUAAACCUUCAGCAAUGAUCGUAAUGAAAACAAAUUCUCUUAUCACGUAUUGGUCAGAGCUUUUCAUACAUUUGUUGGCUCCUAAAAGAGCCGUUGGUUUAAGUGUUGAUCAGGGAUUACAGUGUAUUCUAACCCCCAAAACCGUACAGAGUACGUCCUUGUCGUUUCAGAGCGUAUACUACGUCCAUGGCUGUAACGGUCUUACGCUUGGCGUGCUCGGUGGUCACGUCACGGCAUCGCGGAUAACGUUCUCAAGGAAAACUUUCAGAACACCGCGUGUCUCCUCGUAG